AUGACUGAUCUUUUGGGCCGUUCAGGGGCUUUGCAGUACUUAACCAUUACGAGGCCGGAUUUGAGUUAUGCAGUCAACCGUCUUUGCCAGUUCAUGCACUCACCCACUGAUGAGCAUUGGGGUUUGGUGAAACGAGUCAUGCGUUAUGUCAAGGGUACUCUGAGUUAUGGGUUACGUAUCUCUCCGUCUGCAUCUUCCAAUAUUCACUCUUAUUCAGACUCUGACUGGGCUAGUUGUCCUGUAGAUAGGAAAAGCACGAGUGGGUUUGCCAUCUACUUAGGUGACAAUUUAAUCUCCUGGCUCUCAAAGAAGCAGCGCACUGUGGCUAGGUCCUCCACUGAGGCUGAGUACAAGGCCUUAACUGAUGUCUCCGCUGAGGUUACUUGGGUCGUUUUGUUACUACGAGAGCUUGGGUUACACUCUUGGAAGCCUGCAACACUCUGGUGUGACAAUCUAGGGGCCACGUAUCUAUGUGCCAAUCCGGUUUUCCAUGCACUUACCAAACAUGUGGAGAUAGACUAUCACUUUGUUCGUGACAAGGUCGCUUCGGGUGACUUCCUCGUCAAUUAUAUUUCUACGAUAGAUCAGCUUGCAGAUAUCUUCACGAAACCGUUACCUGCACCACGGUUUGCUGCCAUGCGUGACAAGCUCAAUGUUGUUGCCCUCUAA